AUGCCGUCUGGGCACGACGAAGGCUACCACCCCAAGGAUGCCGUCCGCUCCGCCAUCACUGGCGCCUUGGUGAGCGGCGGUGCCGGUCUCUUCGCCUCGGCCAUCCAGAAUUCCCUGCAGAAGCAGAACGUCGGCGCGUGGGGUGUUUUCACCCGCACUGGCGGUACCAUUGCGACCUUUGCUGCUGUCGGUGGUGUGUUCGAGUUCUCGCGUCAUGCCGCGGCCAACCUUCGUGAGAAGGACGAUCACUACAACUCGGGUAUCGGCGGUUUCCUCGCCGGUUCCAUCCUUGGUCUUAGGACGGGACGUAUGCCUCGAAUUCUUGGCUACGGCGCCUUCGCUGCCGUUGUCCUUGCCGCCUAUGACUACACCGGUGGUAGUCUAAUGGGCUACAAGAAGGACCCCGAGGUCGACGAGUAUGAGAGGAAAGAGAAGCUGCGGCUGAACAGGAGGAGACCCAUGGAGGAGACAAUUGCUGAGCUCGGCGAGGGUCGGGGAUUGGCUAUUCACCCCCCUGGAUUCGAGGAGCGGAGACGCCAGAGGCUCAAGGAGAAGUAUGGUGUCGAGAUCAACCCCGUGUCUGCCGAUCCCGCUGCGUAG